UUCGAAGCCGUUAGUUGGAAUGGCGAUCGGUAGUCGAGAGCGUAGUUCAUCGACAGUACAAGCCUUUAGGCUACUAGUGAUCUGUAUUGGAUGUCUAGUUUGGGCAGCAGAUUGUAGAAUCUCGGAAACUAAAUGCGAAGAGUACCGCAGUAUCAUCACGUCGAGGCGCGGAGCUAUCUCGCUGAAGCUGCGACCUAAGCCGACCUAUUAUCAACUGUACAACUGCUCGAACACUGUGCAGCUGAUUGUCGGCGGUGAGGCGGCCAAAAAUGGCGAAUUCCCACACCACGCACUGCUCGGUUACGCCAGCGGAAAGGAUGCAGCCUCGGCUUCGGCGUUAAGUUUCAGCUGCGGUGGUUCCCUGAUUUCCGAACGUUUCGUGCUAACAGCUGCGCACUGUUUCAGCCACGGCGAUCCGAUCGUCGUGCGACUAGGAGAGUACGAUCUGAAUCUACCGCUUUCGCUCAGUCGGAUCGACUUCGGGAUAGCGAAGAUCAUCCGCCAUCCGCAGUACAAGAACGCACGGUCCUACCACGACAUUGCCCUGGUAAAGCUCAACGAAACGGUUUCAUUUUCCAAAACCAUUCGCCCAGCCUGUCUUUGGACGGAACCGGCGCUCAAUGUGAGCCAGUUCGUGGCCACCGGAUUCGGAAGGCUGGAAGAAGGCAGUUUCGAACUCUCCAGCAAAUUGAUGAAGGUCCAGCUUGAUCUCUUUCCGACCACGGACUGCGAUCAGCUGGUUCAGCUGAAUCGCAGAUUCAGCGACGGAA